AAUGCUAUAUUUAAUAAUUAUAAUAGUAGUACUGUAGUAUACGAGAAUCACUAUAUUAGAAUUUAAAAAAUUAAUCUAAUUAUAUUGCACAUGUUUGUAUUUUUUUAUAAUUUUGACUUUAAAUUUUAAAUUAGAAUUAAAACUAAAAAUAGUUUGGGCACGUGUGAAUAAAAAAUGGCUGAAAAAGAUGAUGAGAAAACCAUAGCAGAGGAUUUAGUUGUUACAAAAUAUAAAAUGGCUGGAGAAAUAGUUAAUCGCGUUUUAAAACAAAUUUUAGAUAAAUGCAUUUCUGGCAAUUCUGUCUCGGAAAUAUGUGAAUUUGGCGACAAAUUGUUAUUAGAUGAGACGAAUAAAGUUUUUAAAAAAGAGAAAGAUAUGAAAAAAGGUAUUGCUUUUCCCACGUGUUUAUCAGUCAAUAAUUGCAUUUGUCAUUUUUCACCGACCGCAAGUGAAAUUGAUUUAGUUUUGAAAGAAGGCGAUGUAGUUAAAGUUGACCUUGGUGCGCAUCUGGAUGGUUUUAUAGCAGUUGUAGCUCACACUUUAGUUGUUACAAUUCACGAUGAUCAACAAAUUACUGGACGGAAGGCAGAUGUUAUUCUAGCUGCUUAUUACGCAUCACAAGCAGCUUUAAGAUUAUUGAAACCAAGUGUUGAGACUUACACGAUUACGGAUGCUGUUGGAAAAGUUAGCGACUCAUUCAAAUGUAAACCAAUUGAAGGAAUGUUAAGUCAUCAACUAGAACAAUUUAAAAUUGAUGGAGAGAAAACCAUUAUACAAAAUCCAACUGAUGCUCAAAAGAAAGAACAUGAAAAAUUUAUUUUGGAGAUGUACGAGGUAUAUGCUAUGGAUGUUUUGAUCAGUUCUGGAGAAGGAAUAGGAAAAGAACAAGACACUAGAGCAACCAUUUUUAAAAAAACCGAAGAAACAUAUCAGUUAAAAUUAAAGGCAUCUCGGAUGUUCUAUUCAGAAGUAUCACAUAAGUAUGGUUUGAUGCCAUUUAAUCUACGUACAUUUGAAGAUGAGAAAAAAGCAAAAAUGGCCGUGGUUGAAUGCGUGAAUCACAGGUUAAUCGAACCUUUUCAGGUUCUUUACGAAAAACCAACGGAAUAUGUGGCACAAUUUAAAUUCACAGUAUUGCUGAUGCCUAACGGAGCACAUAAAAUAACGGGUUUACCAUUCAACUACGAUAUAUAUGCUUCGGAGUAUAGCAUAAAGGAUCCAGAAUUAAAGAUUCUACUAAAUUCUUCGGCUAAUCCAAAGUCAGCAAAAAAGAAAAAAAGAAAAGCAGAAAAAAAUUCAUCUGAAGAUAUAUUAACAAAUUCCAGUGGGAAAUAAUAUGAAUAAGAAUUCUAAGAACAGGAUUCUACAUAAU